CACUGAAUGCCCCAGGGCACAGGAUGGAGACCUGCCUGAAAGUCCUGCUGCUCGUCGGGGUGGUCACAGCAGCCCCCGCGCCCUCAUCGUCCCCUCUGCCAACCCACGAGGCUGCGGUUUUAGCUGCAGUAGAGAUCUACAACCAAGAGCCAGGCACAACACUGGCCUAUCGGCUCCUGGAAGCUGAGCCGCAGCCAGACUGGGACAUGUCUUCAAAAACUAUCCAAUCGCUGACAUUCACUGUGAAAGAGACAGUGUGCCCGGUAUCAGAGAAACGCGACCCCAACCAGUGUGAAUUCAAAGAAGACGGGCUGGUCAAAGACUGCUCUGGCUUCUUCUCCACUGAACAGGACCCCCCUUCCAUCAUUAUCAAAUGUGAGGAGGCGUCUGAGGAGGUUUAAUUGGCUAAGAAGAACCAGAGAGAGAGGAGAUGAAAGGGAACCGCUGCUGCCAGACCCAGCUGUGGCUCCAUUUCUCCUCCAGUGGAAGCACCAUCGGAAGCAAGGCUUGAAACAAUCUGAACAGCUUCAGAGCAUCUGCUUCUAUCCGCUGCUUAGCAGCUGUUGCAGUGCUGCUCA